CAAGGCAUCAUGGCUGACCAGGAAGAGCCUGCUCCUCUGAAAUCUGUUAACUCUUACGAUCCAACUUACAUAGCUUUUACUAACAAAUCCAACGGUAAUGCUGAGGCAUGGUGGCUAAACUUCAAAGGCAACCCAGUGUCUUACGGUGACAUAAUACCUGACAAAACAUUAAAGAUGAACACUUACCGGACUCAUCCGUGGAUAUUUAGAGCAUCUGACGGAGCUAAACUACUGGCAAACUUUAGUGAAAUUUACUUUCCAACUCCUGCGGAGUACGACGAGUAUGGAAAUCCGGCCUAUCAGACUGUGUAUGUAACAGCGCCAGUGUACUCAUUACAAGAAAACUGUAUAAGAUUGAUCAAGAAGAUGGUGAGAAAAGAAGACAUCUGCAAGUUGGAAAUCCCCCAGUAUCUGAGACAGGACAUCAGCCGUACACCCAAUCUGCUGAAAGAGAUUCAGAUUCUGUCAAAGCAGAGAUCAAUGACUGACAGGAGGUAAACAUGUCUUUCUGAACCAAACAGAAAGCAAAAGUAAUUUAAGCUGCCAUAUGUUGAAAGUAUGCAGACACAUUUUACAGACCACAAAGGUCUCCGAUUCACUUGGGGUGAAUAUUAAAUGCUGAAAUAUUAUACGUAACCAGGCUUCCUUUUUGUUUUACUGUUACUCUUCAAAAGCAGGGAGCCAGUACUUUAUAGAGACAGAUAAACCAACGGAUCAUUAGGUCUUUAUGAGUUAUAUUCCAUAACCAGAGCAUGGUUCUGUUUUGGGUUAUUAUAAAGACAACACAUACAGGUUAAACUAGCUUGAUUGGUUAUUAAGCACAGCUGAGUUUUAUUAAGUUACAUUUUUGUCCUUAAAUUCAAGGACUGCAAUUAUAUUUCCAUUAUAAUAAAUAUUGCACUUUGGAUUAGUUAAUAAGUCCUUAAAACAAAACAAAAC